AUGGCAGAUUCUAAAGGUUUGGUCUUAGAAAACACUGCUCGUAGAGAUGCAUUGAUCGCUAUUGAAAAAAAAUAUCAAAAACUUUGGGCAGAAGAGCAUUUGUUUGAAGUCGACGCUCCAAGUCUUGAAGAUGAACCAAUCACUAUUGAUUCUGAGGAACUUCAAAAAAAAUACCCAAAAUUCAUGUCUUCGAUGGCUUAUCCUUACAUGAAUGGUGUUUUGCACGCUGGCCAUUGUUUUACCCUAUCAAAAGUCGAAUUUAGCGUUGGAUUUGAAAGAAUGAAUGGCAAAAGGGCUUUGUUUCCAUUAGGGUUUCACUGUACUGGUAUGCCUAUUUUAGCUUGUGCCGAUAAAUUGAAAAGGGAAAUCGAAUUGUUUGGUAAAGAUUUUUCCAAAGUUCCAAAGGACGAUGGCGAUGAAGUUGAAAUAAAAGAAAAAUCUACCUCAACAGGUAGUGAAGAUGUCACUAAAUUCAAGGCUAAAAAAUCCAAGGCUGCUGCCAAGAAAGGUCGUGGUAAAUACCAAUUUGAAAUCAUGUUGCAAUUAGGUAUUCCAAAAGAAGAGCUUAUUAAAUUUGCCGACUCCAAUUAUUGGUUAAAUUAUUUCCCUCCUUUAUGCCAAAAAGAUUGUAGUUCUUUUGGGGCCAGAGUCGAUUGGAGAAGGUCUUUUAUUACUACCGAUGUUAACCCAUACUAUGAUGCAUUUAUUAGAUGGCAAAUGAAUAAGAUGAAGGAAGCUGGUAAGAUCAAAUUUGGUGAACGUUAUACUAUCUACUCUGAAAAGGAUGGUCAAGCUUGUAUGGAUCAUGAUAGACAAUCUGGAGAAGGUGUCACCCCUCAGGAAUAUGUUGGAAUUAAGAUUGAGGCCACCGAAUUUGCACCAGAGGCUGCAGAAAUCAUUAAAAACUGUGCUGACUUGGAUAAAUCCAAGAAAUUUUACUUUGUUGCUGCUACUUUAAGACCAGAAACCAUGUAUGGACAAACUUGUUGUUUUGUAUCCCCCAGAAUUGAGUAUGGUAUUUUUGACGGUGGCCACAACUCCUACUACAUUACCACCGAGCGUGCCUUUAAAAACAUGUCUUAUCAAAAAUUGACACCCAAAAGAGGUUACUAUAAGCCAGUCAUCACCAUUAACGGUAAAAAAUUUAUUGGUACCAAAAUACAUGCACCACUAUCUGUUUAUGAGGAAUUACGAAUCCUACCUAUGGAAACUGUUAUUGCCACUAAGGGUACUGGUGUUGUCACUUGUGUUCCAUCCAAUUCUCCAGAUGAUUACAUAACCACUAAAGAUUUACAAAAUAAACCAGAAUAUUAUGGUAUUGAAGCUGAAUGGGUCAAGCAUGAACCAGUCAAAAUUAUCCAUACUGAAAAAUAUGGAGAUUUAACUGCCAAAACUCUCUGUGAAGAAUUAAAAAUUAGAUCGCCAAAAGAUACUAAUCAAUUAGCUGAAGCCAAAAAGUUGGCGUAUAAAGAAGAUUAUUACACUGGUGUUAUGAUAUACGGUUCAUACAAGGGUGAAAAAGUUGAAGUAGCCAAAAACAAAGUCAAAGAGAAUUUAAUUAAGGAGGGCAAAGCUUUUGUUUAUAAUGAGCCCGAAUCAUUGGUUAUUUCUCGUUCAGGUGAUGAUUGCAUUGUUUCUUUGGAAGAUCAAUGGUAUGUUGAUUAUGGUGAAGAGUCUUGGAAAAAAUUAGCAUUGGAAUGCGUUGAACAAAUGCAAUUUUUCGCACCAGAAGUUAAAAAUGCCUUUGAAGGUGUUUUUGAUUGGUUAAAGAAUUGGGCUGUUUGUCGUACUUAUGGUUUGGGUACCAAGUUGCCAUGGGAUCCAAAAUAUUUAGUUGAAUCUUUAAGUGAUUCCACAAUUUACCAAGCCUUCUAUACCAUUUCCCAUUUAUUAUUUAAAGACUAUUACGGUACAGAAAUUGGGCCUUUGGGGAUUAAAGCUGAGGAGAUGAGCGAUGAGGUAUUUGAUUAUAUCUUUCAACACAAAGAUGAUAUUAGUGAUAGUAGCUCUAUUCCUAAGGCAAAAUUAGAUAAAUUAAGAAGGGAAUUUGAAUAUUUCUAUCCGUUAGAUGUUUCGAUUUCUGGUAAAGAUUUGAUUCCAAACCAUUUGACGUUUUUCAUCUAUACUCAUGUUGCAUUAUUCCCAAGAAAGUUUUGGCCAAAGGGUAUUAGAGCUAAUGGUCAUUUAUUAUUAAAUAACGCUAAAAUGAGUAAAUCGACUGGUAAUUUUAUGACCUUAGAACAAAUUGUUGAAAAAUUUGGGGCUGAUGCCUCCCGUAUUGCCUUGGCUGAUGCUGGUGAUACUGUUGAAGAUGCUAAUUUCGAUGAAUCCAAUGCUAAUGCGGCUAUUCUAAGAUUAUUUACUUUGAAAGAAUGGAGUGAAGAAGUUUUGAAAAACAUUGAUGACUAUCGUGAUGGUGAAUAUGAUCCAAUUUUUGAUAAGGCUUUUGAUAAUGAAAUGAACUAUUUAAUUGAAGAAACUUACAAUCAAUAUAAAUUGACCAACUAUAAAGCUGCUUUGAAAUAUGGUUUAUUUGAUUAUCAAAUUGCUAGAGAUUAUUACCGUGAAAACACUGAAUUGAUGCAUAAAAAAUUGAUUUUAAAAUACAUUGAGACUCAAGCUUUAUUGUUGUGUCCAAUCGUUCCUCAUUUCUCUGAAUACAUUUAUAGAGAAUUACUAAAUAGCCACCAUGGCAAUAAAAGUGCUCAAAAUGCCAAAUUUCCACGCGCUGAUAAGCCGGUAGAUAUAGGUGUUAGUGACUCUUUGGCAUAUUUAAGAAACUUGCAAAAGAAAAUAAGGGAAGCUGAAGGACAAGCUUUAAAGAAAAAGAAGGGUAAAGGUUCUGACGUCGAUCCAAAUAAACCUGUUAAUUUAACUAUUUUGGUUUCCAAGACUUUCCCAGAAUGGCAAACUAAAUAUUUGAAACUAGUACAAGAAUUAUUUAAAAGUGGCGAAUUAAAUGACAAUAAAGCUAUCAGGAAUAAAGUUGAAGGUAAGGAUAUGAAGAAAGCUAUGCCAUAUAUUUCCUUGUUGAAACAACGUUUAACUUUGGAACAACCAGAGGUGGUUUUUUCUAGAGAAUUAACAUUUGAUGAAAGUGAAUUGCUUAAAUUAUGUGUUGACACUAUUGCUAAGAACACUUUGCAAAAUGUCAAAUUAAAUAAAUUACAAUUUAUUUCUUUUGACUAUGGUUGUACUAGUGGGGUUGAUAUUAUCACCGGCGAAAAGCUUGAACUUCCAAAAUCACCAAAGAUUAUUGAAAACACUGUUCCUGGUGAGCCUGGUAUUAUUAUUAAAAAUGUUGAGUAG